AUGGACAGAUCAUGGUUGAGGGCUGAUAGGAGAACACGGGAGUUUCAAUUGGGUGUGAAUGAAUUGUUGAAUUUUGCAGUACAAAAUGGGUGUGAUGCAAACAAAAUUAGUUGUCCUUGUAUAAAAUGUGCACACAAUAAAUCAUGGAACGCUCAAAUGGUGAAAGAUCAUCUUUUUCAGAAUGGUAUUGAUGAGACCUACACAUGUUGGAUUUGGCAUGGAGAGAAUGAUACAGACCAAAGUCCAAUGGCCACUGAACAUACUGAUAGUUCACAAUCUGUGGAACAAAUCCCCAUUAAAACAGAUGGAGACGAUGAUCUUUCCCUGGAUUCCUCAGAUUUGUUAAGGCAUCUACAAUCUGAAAAUGAACCGCUAUAUUCAGGAUGUGAAGGGUUUACCAAGAUGACAGCUUUAGUGAAGUUAUAUAACUUGAAAGCAAAAUUCGAGAUGUCCGAUAAUUGUUUCUCUGAACUCCUACUUCUGGUUGGCACUAUGCUUCCAGAAGGUAACUCUCUUCCUUCUUCCUUUGGUGAAGCUAAGAAGGCCUUGUGUUCUUUAGGAAUGGAGUACGAAAAAAUACAUGUGUGUCCGAAUGACUGCCUUUUAUAUCGUGGUGAUAUAGAUGAAGAUGAGUCUAGUUGCCGCAUUUGUCAUGCCUCAAGAUGGAAGAAGAACAAAAAAGGAGAGGACAUUGAAGGCAUUCCAGCCAAGGUUCUUUGGUAUUUUCCGUUAUUGCCACGAUUGAGAAAUUUGUUUAAUUCACCUCAAAUGGCAAAGGACCUAACCUGGCACCACACAGAGAGAGUGAAGGAUAAUAAAAUACGUCAUCCUGCAGAUUCAAAAACAUGGAAGGACGUCGAUGAGAAGUGGCCUGAAUUUGCUUCUGAACCUAGAAACCUUCGGUUGGCUUUAUCAUCUGAUGGUUUUAAUCCUUUCCACGGCAAAGGUACCGAUCACUCUUGUUGGCCUGUUUUGCUAUCAAUUUACAAUCUUCCACCGUGGAUUUAUAUGAAAAGAAAGUAUAUAAUGCUAUGUCUACUGAUAUCCGGACCAAAUCAGCCCGGAAAUGACAUUGAUGUAUUUCUUCAACCACUAAUAGAAGAUCUGCAGAAAUUAUGGCAUGGAAAGCAAGUGUAUGAUGCAUACAAGCAGGAGUCUUUCCUACUCAGGGGCAUAUUAUUGUGGACAAUCAGCGACUAUCCAGCAUUUGGUAGCUUAUCGGGCAACAUUGUCAAAGGCUAUAACGGUUGUGUGGUAUGUGUUGAUGAGACAAAAGCUACAAGGCUUCCUAAUUACAAGAAGACAGUGGUUAUGAGGCAUCGAAGGUGGUUACCACGUGACCACCCAUAUCGAAAACAGAAAGCAGCGUUUGAUAACACGGUUGAAAAAGGUUCUGCACCUAUUCCUUUAACAGGGGAGGAAGUUUUUGAAAGAGUACAACAUUUGCGAGGCCAUGUCUAUGGUAAGACACAACGAAAACGAAAGCGAAAUAAAAAUGAUCCUCGGCCUGUUUGGAAGAAGCAUUCUAUUUUUUUCCAACUCGAGUACUGGAAGUUCUUGCCGGUGAGGCAUAUUCUCGAUGUCAUGCAUAUCGAGAAAAACGUAUGUGAAGCUUUAUUAGGUACUUUGCUCAAUAUACCAAAAAAGACAAAAGAUAAGGAAUCUGUUCGUCUUGACAUGGCUGCAAUGGGAAUAAGAUUGAAUCUCAGGCCAGAAACGGCAGGGAAAAAGGAGAAAUUGCCUUUGGCAUCUUGGAAUUUGACCCAUCAGGAAAAGAAAAUUGUUUGCUCAUCAUUUUUAGGAAUGAAGUUGCCUGAUGGAUUUUGUUCUAAUAUUAGAAGUCUAGUAUCAAUGGAAACUCUCCGACUCACCAAAAUGAAAUCUCAUGACUGCCAUAUGAUUUUACAUCACUUACUCCCAAUUGCGAUCCGGUCAUCACUGCAUAAGAAGGUCAGGGACACUGUUAUUAGAUUUUGUCUCUUCUUUAAGGCUAUUUGUAGUAAAGUCAUUGAAGUUGAUAAAUUGGAGAAAAUGCAGUCUCAAUUGGUUAUAACAAUAUGCCAACUUGAAAAAUAUUUCCCCCCUUCCUUGUUUGACAUAAUGAUUCACCUUUCAAUUCAUCUUGUGCGAGAGGUUGAGCUGUGCGGACCAAUUUUCCUUAGGUGGAUGUAUCCAUUCGAAAGAUACAUGAAAACAUUCAAAGGAUAUGUAAGAAACAGGGCUCGGCCAGAGGGUUGUAUUGCAGAGGCAUAUAUUGCAGAGGAGGCAGUUGAGUGUUUAGUUAAUUUUGAAGAAGCAACUGUCGGAGUUCCAGAAAAUGGAAGGCGUACAAAGGAUUUAAUUUGCAGACCACUAUCUGGUGCCACAAUGAUCACCCCGAGCAUCAAAGAUUUAAACCUUGCACAUUUGUGCGUCCUACAAAAUAGCACGGAUGUUAUUGCAUCAGAUUUACUAGAUGUGAAGGAGAUACCACACGAGAUAAGAUGGAUUGCAGAUGGGCCUAACAGCGAUGUGCCUACAUUCAGUGGUUAUAAGGUACAUGGGGUUCCAUUUAGCACCAAGUCUCGGGAUGAUGCACGUCAAGUUCAAUGUAGUGGAGUGUGUGUAGAUGCUGAAACAAUGGUUGUGCAAGCUACUGACAGAAAUAUUAAUCAUACAUCACAUACAUACUACGGAGUUAUAAAUAAUAUAUGGGAGUUGGACUAUAACAGCUUUAGGAUCCCACUUUAUAUAUGCAAAUGGGUUGAUAUGAAUAGAGGGAUCAAGACUGAUGAACUAGGAUAUGUAUUAGUCAAUUUGAACAAGUCUGGUUUUUUGAAUGAUCCAUUUGUAUUAGCAACACAUGUUAAGCAGGUUUGUUAUAUUGAUGACCCCCUCGAGAAAUCAUGGUCUGUGGUAUUGAAGUUUCCCGAGAGAAAACACUACGAUGAUAUUGAAGAUGAAAAUGAAGGAUCCGUUGAAGUUGAGCUUGAGUCUGAGUUUUUUAUGCCCGAUUUACCAGAUGAUGAUUUGCACGAGGAUGCUAGUUACAUGCGUGAUGUAGAUGAACGAAUUCAACUAGAAUGA